CCUCUCUGAGGGCACCUCCUGCUUUUCAAGCAGGCCAGAGGUCCAGGCAGUGCCCCGUCCGUCCCCGUUUGCCUCAGCAGAUGUGCUGCUCUUUGUGGGGUUUCUGCUGCCACGGCUACCUUGCCCGCCCCUCCGGAAGCCGACACUUUUGGAAAGAUGGAAAUGCAGCCCUGCUCAGCAAUUACGAGGUCUACAAGCUGCUGACUGACCUGAAGCAGCAGCGGCGAGAGGCAGGGCGAAGCAAGCAGGGCUCCGGCCAGCAGAACCUGAACACCAUCGUGCACGAAACGCUGAAAUACAUCUCGAAGACGCCGUGCCAGUUCCAGAGUCCCGAGAUCAUGCAGGGCUUCCUCGCUGCCCUGAAAAACCACAAGUUAACCAAGGCGGAAAAGUUGCAGCUGCUCAACCACCGGCCUGUGACUGCUGUAGAGAUCCAGCUGAUCGUGGAGGAGAGCGAGGAGAGGCUGACGGAGGAGCAGAUCGAGUCCCUGCUGCAGACGGUCACCAGCCUCCUCCCCGGAGACCCUGCGCGGGAGCAGCAGCCGGCGGCGGCCAUGGACGUGGGCGAGGAUGAGGAGCAGGGCCGGGCGUAGAAUCCGGCCGGGGGCCUGGACGGAAACGGGGCACCCCACAGGAGCGCGCGAAGAAGCCACCUCCGGCCACCUCGGGGCUCCCGUUGCCACCGGGUCGCUCGGCCGGCUCCGUGCUUUGUGUUCCUGCUGUGCCCAAAGGGCGAGGAUCACCGGCGGCAGCUUUGUGCGGGCGCUGCCAUCCUGCGAGCCGCCGGGGGGAUAAUAAAGGGGGCUCGCCCCAGGCGCUGCC